AUGCGAGGCCCUCUUCUAAGUAUCGUUCUGGUCCUUUUCACUGAGAGAUCCUACCUCGAUUUGAGUCACACGGUUGCAGCAACAUACCAGCUAUCCCCGUCAGAAGAGUCGUCAGGAGAUAUGGAUACUGGGGGUGGAUGUGUUGAUGUUCUCCCCAUGAUCAAACUGCUUCGUGGAGAAGAUGAGAAGAGUAUCGUGUCACGGGAUUUAGACCCGUGUGUCCGAACCCAUGCCUUCCUGCAUUAUGAUCCACCGAAACUCGGAGCUGAAUACAUCUGGCUUUUUGCUGGCGAAGAUCAAAGCUUUGGAUAUGCUUGGCUGGGUCUCAGUUCACCUUCACAGUGGCAAAUAGAGAAUGCCUUCACCGCGGCAGCUUUCGUAGCUGUCGAUGAAUGGAUGCAACAAACCAAGCUAUGGGAUUCAUAUCUCUCAAGUGGGUCACUGAAUUGGGACAUGGGCGUUGACCAACAAAUUCCAUAUAUCUCCCAUGCUGGAAAAGUACUGAUAUCACUCUUGCUUGGCACCUAUAUCUCUUGUAUAUUGGGGCUGUCGAUUUACGUCGCAUGGAAGCCGCGAUGGACGAACCAGCUCGACUCUUUUGCGAUGAUGCGCAUAGGCUCAUCACAACCAGGGCAAUUUCCACUGAAGCUAGCUCAUAACCCAGACGACGUCAGGGCUCUAGACAAGCUGCCUGGUUGGGUUGGCUCCACUGGGGCGGGAAAAUAG